CUACUUAUCAAAAGUUAAUAUUCUUGACAUUUUGCGACUCUGAAUCAAAAGUAUAAAAGAAUCCAAAUAGACUUAGCAGCAACGGGUGCUGAUGCUUCACUGAGCGAUUGCGUCACAUUGAUCAGCAGUUUGGUUGCUUGACGAUCAUAUCAAGAUACAACAUGAAAGCACUUGUUACAACACUUGCCAUUGUUCUCAUGGCCUGCGUUGCAUCAAACGCCGUACCUGACUGCGGAGGAAAUAUUCCAAUGCAAUUAUGCACCCAGUUGAAGAACAUCGAAGAUCGAUUAGGCCAUCUUGUUCUGAGCUCUACAUCUUUAAUAACAAGGGCCGUCGAAGAUGCAGCGAACAGAAACGCUGUUUUGUUUUCAAAGACAGUUCAAAUUUUAAGAAACGCGACGAAGAACAGACCGAUGAACGAAACUGAAUUCAUGAAAAUACUUAACGACUUGCAAAAAACUUUUGAAGAUGCAGAGAAAGCGAGAAGAAAAAUUUCCUCUCAAGCAACCAAACACGUUGGAGAUGCAGCAGAAGGAUUUGUCGGCGUAGUGCAGAAGAUUUUAAAGACGGCAGUUGAUGAAGAUCACAGCAACUCUACAAAGUUCCAAGAAAAAUUGAACAAAAUGGUGAAAAGAUCAUUUGGAACCAUAAAGUUUAUUACUUUGAAAGCAGUAAACAGAGUUUAUGAUGGAAACAUGCAGGCAGAACAACAUGUUGUUCAUGUUUUGGAGAAGCUGAAGUUUUCUCAUGCCAGCGAAGCACAGAGACUCGCAACCAUCCUUGGCAUUGCUCUAAACAGAAAACUGGCAGAAGAGGCGGAGCAUGAAAUCGAGACUGAGCUUGAAAGGACCACAAAUGACCUUAUCCAGCUUAUCAUCAAAUCUGACAGUGGAAUUUCCAAACGAGACUUCCAGCAAUUUUGGACCUAUGUGAAGAGCAAGUUGUCGGCAUUAUCGGGCCUAAUGCUACUGAAAGUGAAAGAGGCAGUGGCGCGAAUGGCACCCCAAAUUUACAAGAAGAUUGGAGAAAUCGUGAAUAUUAUCAUAAACGAGGCUAAACGCGCUUUGGUGGAAAUCGCUGGAGAAGUUGUCAUGGUAACAGUGCCAUGAAAAUCAUUGGUUGGAUUAGUGGACUGAAUAUCUGCAGAAAUCAAUCCUUUGUAAUCUAACAAAACAUAUGAGAAAACUAUGGUUUAAAAGUGUUACAUUCGAUCAAAUUAGUGUAAUUUCUUGCUGGGAGUCUUCUUAUACACCAAAAAGUAACUUAUUUAUUUUUAUUAUUGCAACCAAUAGAGGUUGGGAUGCAAAAAGAUCGUUAAAUAGAAAGAUCAGCUGCUUAUUAUAAGGUUUUAUCUGC